CGUGGCCUCAGCCAGGUGGGGGCGUGGCUUCAGCCAGGUGGGGGCGUGGCCUCAGCCAGGUGGGGGCGUGGCUUCAGCCAGGUAUGUGCUGCAGCAGCAGGUGGAAGAGGCAGAUGGUUUCAGAGCGAUGGGUCUCUACCAGCUGAUCGGUGCGGCGGUUCUGCUGACUCUGAUGACUCCAGAGUCAGAGUCGCAGCUCUCAGAUUGUGGUCAACCAGCACUAAACACCAGGAUCGUUGGAGGAGCGGAGGCUCCUCAAGGGUCGUGGCCCUGGCAGGUCAGUCUGGAGACCUCGUCUCACUUCUGUGGAGGAUCUCUGAUCAGCAGCGAGUGGGUUCUGACUGCAGGUCACUGCAUUAUCAGUAACAUAGGUUCAGCAAAACUGGUUCUGGGUCUUCAGAGUCUGACAGGAACCAACCCAAACAAAGUCACCCGGACAGUAGCACAGGUUAUCCGUCACCCAAGCUUCAGCAUUUCUACUCUGGACAACGACAUCGCCCUGAUAAAGCUCUCCUCAGCCGUGACGUUCAACAGCUACAUCUCGCCGGUCUGCCUGGCGGCGGCGGACAGCAGCUUCUACAGCGGCGUCGACUCCUGGGUCACCGGCUGGGGCAACAUUGGAUCUAGUGGUGGGUCUCACUGCAGAACAGAGCUACUCUGUUCAACUUGUGCUUAAGCUGGAUAUUCUUCUAAAACAAUCAGAUUCGCCAUGAAAGAACCAGUAGAAGCAAAGCUGGCUGGAUCCUGUAGAGCAGAUUUCAAAUCAGUAUUUGUCAAAACAUUAGAAGGUGCCGUCUCCCUCCUUUUUUACAGUAUCUGAGUAAAACUCUUGACAAUUCCAGCACUUAGCAAAAAAUGUAACGGUGGUGAUCCUAACUGGCCUGAAACGGGAAACAUUUAGUUUUAUUGCCACACAGAGGAAAGUGGAUGUUUUUAGUCUGUUAAACAGUGAUGGUCACUUCAAUAGUACCAGCGUUGGGCUGCCGGGGCCAGCGGGGCCGUCUCUGCUAGCCCAAGAAAAUUGAA